CUACACGUCUCCCUGCCCCCUAUGAGCGUUGUUGUGAAUUCAAUAUGGCGAAAGUUAAUGUUGUGUCCAUUUACAAAAAGAAAUCGGAAUGAAGUGCGAAGUUAAUCGUUUGAGUAGAUAAAGUGUAUUAUGCGAUUAUUAUAUUCUAUAACUCGUACCGACACGUGAUAUAUUCAAAUUCCCCGUAAUUCGCUGCCGAAAUAAUUUGAGCGUGUUUGCAUUUAUAGUAUUAUUAGUCGAAUAGUCUAAAAGAAAUCAACAUUUCCCAACACUAAUUGGCAAAUUGUUGGCUAUUCAGACGGAAUGUGGGAAAUUUGCCAGUGUAGUGUAAAGGAUUGAAAAAAAUUCCAAUCAUGACUGAUACGAGAAGAAGGGUAAAACUGUACGCAUUGAAUGCUGAUAGACAAUGGGAUGAUAGAGGCACUGGACAUGUUUCUUCAUCGUACGUAGAUCGGUUGAAAGGUAUAUCAUUAUUAGUGCGUGCCGAAAGUGACGGGUCUUUAUUGUUGGAAUCGAAAAUUCAACCGGACACCGCCUACCAGAAGCAACAGGACACUCUAAUAGUAUGGUCGGAGGGCGAUAAUUUCGAUUUAGCUUUGAGUUUUCAAGAAAAAUUGGGUUGCGAUGAGAUCUGGGAGAAGAUUUGCCAAGUGCAGGGUAAGGACCCCUCCGUGGAAAUCACCCAAGACAUCGUCGAAGAGUCCGAGGAUGAGAGAUUCGAUGAUAUGUCCGAUUCCGCGCCGCCGAUCGAGUUACCUAAUUGUGAAAUUGGCCGUUUAGAAGACAUCAGUGAAUUAAUAAGUAACUGUUUGAGUUCCCCGAUGAGAAAGGAAAAAUUAGCGGCCGCCAUCGAGAGUGAGGGGUACAUUAGAAAACUGAUAAACUUGUUUCAUAUGUGCGAAGAUUUAGAGAGUAUGGACGGGCUACACCACUUAUAUGACAUAUUCAAAAAUAUAUUUUUAUUAAACAAAAAUGUACUCUUUGAUGUGAUGUUUAGUGACGAACUAAUUUUCGAUGUGGUCGGUUGCUUAGAAUAUGAUCCAUCUUCUCCGGUUCCCAAGAGACACAGGGAGUACCUUAAACGACAUGCUACGUUCAAAGAAGCGAUCCCCAUCAAAAACGUAGAGCUGCUCUCGAAAAUCCAUCAAACGUUUAGAGUACAAUACAUUCAAGACGUUGUCCUACCAACACCAUCGGUUUUCGAAGAGAACAUGUUGUCUACGUUAAGUAGUUUUAUAUUUUUUAAUAAAGUUGAAAUAGUAUCGUUAGUACAAGAAGACGAGAAGUUCCUCACCGAAUUGUUCUCCAUGUUAACGGACGUACACACGCCCGAUUCUAAGAGAAGAGAUCUGGUGCUGUUCCUCAAGGAAUUCUGCAACUACUCUCAGAAUCUACAACCCCAAGCGAAGGAAUCUUUUUACAAGACGCUCACUUCUCUUGGCAUCCUGCCUGCGCUCGAGAUCACCCUUGCUAUGGAAGACCUUAAAACAAAGACUGCUUCUAUCGAUAUACUUACCUACAUAAUAGAAUUUUCACCGUCUGUAGUGAGGGAGUACACUCUACAGCAGGCCAGUAAUACUGAUGAGGACCAGAUGCUUCUCAAUAUAAUAAUAGAACAAAUGAUUUGUGAUACGGACGCUGAAUUAGGUGGUGCUGUUCAAUUAAUGGGCGUGCUGAGAAUUCUGUUGGAUCCCGAAAACAUGCUGGCGUCUGUUAACAAAUCCGAAAAAACCGAUUUCUUGAACUUUUUCUACAAACACAGUGUUCAUAUCCUUAUAGCUCCAUUAUUGGAAAAUACUGUACACGAUAAGCCGCAAAAGGAGGAUUACAGGAGCGUCCAAUUAUUGGGUCUCAUCCUGGAGUUGCUGUCAUUUUGCGUCGAACAUCACACUUAUCACAUAAAAAACUGCAUCUUAAACAAGGACUUGUUGAGGCGCAUCUUGGUUUUGAUGAAAUCGAGACACAAGUUUCUGGUGUUGUGCGCCUUGAGAUUCAUGCGCAAGCUCAUUGCUCUUAAGGAUGAAUUUUAUAACAGGUACAUUAUUAAGGGCAAUCUUUUUGCGCCGGUCGUCGACGCUUUCGUGAGGAACAACGGCCGGUACAACCUGCUCGAUUCGGCGAUUAUCGAAAUGUUCGAAUUUAUCCAAGUGGAAGAUAUCAAAACGUUGUGCUCGCACGUCGUGGAAAACUACGGGAAAUGUUUGGACGACAUUUGUUACGUUAAGACGUUCAAAUCGCUCAAAAUGAGGUACGAUCAACACCAGGACAAGCUGAAAGACAGGGAGAGGAAUAGUUUGGACGGUGUACCGUCUAUAUUACGCAACAGCCGUUACCGCAGGGAUCAAAGGCAAAUGGACGAGGAAGAGGAGAUUUGGUUCAACGAGGACGACGAUUACGAAGACACCGAAACAGUCUUACCCGCUGCCAAUGAUAUACUAAAGAAACUGGAUCCCGAUCUAGAUAGCAUCGGUAAGAUCAUGGAAAAAAGGCCUCCCACGGAAGCGAACGGUCCUAAAAUGAACAACAACUCGCCGAAAUCGCCGCAAGUUCAUAACAACAAUAGUAAUACAACGACAGGUGGCGGACAAGUCGCGGCGAGUCCAAUCGAUUUCGCUGAGAACAAAACGCAGCUUAUCAAAAGAGGCCUGGUUGAUUACGAAGGGGGCGAUUCGGACGAGGAAGACGACGAAAACGGCGAGGUGGCGAAGAGGCCGAGACUGUCAUAGUCGAGUAACACGAUCUGCAGCAUCUCUAGCACACACAACAGCACUCAUUCAGGUUUGAAUCAAACAUGUUUCAUAACUCUUAUCGUUUGGAAUCCAUUAUAAAAAUCGUAACUUUCUGGGUUUGUUCUAAAGCUUACCUCGAUUUUGUUUAAUCUUAAGGCGUUUGUAUUGAUAAGUAAGUAAAUUUUUGUAAAAUUAAAAUGUGAAUUAAUGUCUGCGAGUCCGUACCAACUUGUUAAAAUUUUUUUUAAUGAUUUUUCAUUCUUACUGACUUUGUGAUGUUAUGGACUGAAAAAUUGUUAUUAAUGAUUUUUAUUUAUUUUUGUCCUUUGUUGUUUUAUUCACAUGAAUAAUCAUACUCUGUCGUAUAAGAAAACUUGCUGGAAUGUUUAUACAAGCUCCUGAUGUCGAAUCCUAAGAUAAAUCAUGUUUAUUCUGAAAGAGAAAAGCAGUUGUAUAAUAAAGCUCACUAUUAUAUGAAUUAUUGAGUGAAUUGAUGAGAAAAGUUUAUAUUUCACAAGGAAUUUACGAAUAGCGGUACAGAUUCAUCGACUUUUGGCAUCGUUUUCUGAUGACUGCUUUUAAAGGUUAAAUUAAUUGUUUUUUUUAUAAUACAUUUUGCACAAACAAGAAAUUUAAUGUACUCAAUUUAAUGUCAUUUGCUACUUGAUAUACCCUUGUUGUUUUUAAAUUAUAAUGUACUACAAUAAUAAAAUCAUUCUAAAUUAUGGUAACACUUAUUUUUACAAAAAAUGUGCAUUAAAAUUUAUUUAUUCAAAACGCCAGUUUAUUGCAAUGUUAAUAUGUUGUGUGUUCAAGAGAGAAAUUUAGUGGUACUAAGUAAAAAAGUAAUGGAUGUUUUUAAUUGAUUUAAAAGGGGUAAAAAAUGAAAGCAAGGCGUUGAAUUGUUUAUAACUGUGAGGUUCUAUGCAUUGUGAAAUUUAAUGUAGAGUAAGGUAAAUCUAGCAGUAGAUAGCAUUUAGUAUGGAAUAUAUCUAAAAAAAUGUGUAGUGUCAUUGGAGUGCUUAGAUUGUUUAAUACUUCAUACUGAUUGUGUGUUUCAAUGAGAACAAUAUUACAAAAAUCGUUUUAAUUGGGAUGUUGGUGGAUUUUAUUUUUUAUCAUAAAGUUUGUUAGUUCUAAAAGAAAGUCAAAAAAUGUUGGCACAAUUUUAGAUAUCUUUAAUUCUAAGAGGGUUCUGCGGUGAGGGAGAGGGGUCCUGCUUUUUUAAUUUUUAAAAAAUUCACACUUUAUGACAGAAAAUGACACGAACCUAAUUCAAAAAGUGCAAGGAAUCGCUUUUGUAAAAUAUCUUCAACAAUUUUGAUUUAUCGAAUUCGAUGAGUUUGUUGAGUAGGCUCCUAAAACAUGCAGUAUGAAGUAUAAAUAUUAGACUAAAAAAAUGUUUUAACUUCCACUAUAAUUUUGUAAUUAAUGUGAUCAAUAAAGUUUAUAUAAUUUCGAUUCUGUCCAAUUUAUUUAAAAAUAAACUUUAUUUUGAAUUAUUUAUAGAUCACAUUGCGAAAUUAAAAAUUUUGCUCUAGAAUUUUAACACGAAUUUGAGCACUUUAUUGACUUGUGACGUUUAUUAUAAAAACUAAAUAUCUGAUUUUUUUAACGAAAAAUGACUACCGAUGUAAAUAAAUUAUAAUCAAACAUUAGCCAAUGACAGCUACUUAAAUGACCCUAAUUUCUGUUGUAUCUCUCCUAAUGCAAACUAAACGUUACUCGUCAUCUACAUUCAAAAUGCGAUUUAUUGAUAAAUCCGCGGACUGUUUGGUUACUGAUAAACAUUUUUCGAAGUGGACUUAAAGUGUGUAAAUAAUAUUUAUUUGAAAGGUUUAGUUCGCUCAAGGAUACAUCAAGCAGCAAUAUUACACGAUUACUUCUGUGCACUGCUCGAAGAAAUUUAGUGGAGUAAAAUGAUUUCCCGUUGCUUUUAAAAGGUUUUCAACUACAUAAUAUAUUCCUGUUCGAAGUUAUUUUACUCUUGUACAUACCCCGAUUUCAGAACGAGCGAAUGAACAUAAAAAUUCCGCUAAAGUUGUUCGACUUAUUGGAAUUUGCGUAACUUUUUUGACUAAUUAUAAUGUACCAUCGGUUAAUCGAUGCUACGAGAACAUUGUAGAGGAACAAUUGGCUAGUAGAAAACUUUUGGUUGCGCCACUGAUAAGUAAUCAGUCGUAAAGUCGGCAUCAUCUUCCAUAUUUUUUAUACGAGCAAGCCGUAAAUGCAUUUUUAAAUAAAGAAAUAAAACAUGAAAAGCCAUUUUUCUAAUAUUCAUUUUUAUGUAACAAAUCAGUUUUAAAGAAAUGUAAAAUACAAAAUGUACUCGUUAUAUAUUUAGGUAAUAAAUAAUAAGUAAAAGGCC